AUGUGGUGGAGGACGGAGUGGAAGGGAUCGACGACUUGUACGAAGUUGGCCAAAUCGAUCAAGUUGAUGAAACUGAACCAGUUGAUCAAGUUGAAGUUGUACAGAUUUUGUAGAGAGAAUAUUCAACAGUUUGAAAAUUUUCAUAGUUUGCGAAUUUGCACAUUUUUUUUUUUUUUUCACCAUAACAGAAAUUUUUUGCAUUUUGCAUGUUUUGGUGGAGAUGCUUGUCAUUGUCACCCGUUUCCUCUAUACUUCUUCUUAAUGUUGCGUAGACUGAGUAGGAUGAGCAACUUGGGAAAACUAGCAACUGCAGCGGCAAAGAUGUCCACUGCAGCAGAGAGUCCUGAGAAUGGUGCAAGUGUAACAACAGGUACAUCAGAAACCACUGCAGAAUCAAAUACAACUACAACUAAAACUACAACUAAAACUACAAUUACUACUACUACCCGAGCAGAAGCUAGUGCAGCACCAAAUACAACCAAGGGUGCCGACGGCUGCGGAGAAAUCGAUAUGGACAAAUACGACCUUCUCAAGGAAGGAACCACGACGAUUCUCUUUCCAAAGAACCAUGUGUUUUACAAUCCAGUGCAACAGUACAAUAGAGACCUUUCAUCUCUAGCGAUCCGGACUUUUGGCAAGAGGUUGAGCGCCGAGCGGACGUUGAAGAGGAGCCGCAAGGGGGAGAAGGCCACAGAUGACAGGCCGUUUAUGCAUCUCCUGGAGGCAUUGAGUGCCAGUGGGUUAAGAGCUAUUCGGUAUUCCAAGGAGGUACCGCUCUUGGAGAAGGUUGUUGCAAACGAUCUCUCCAAGGACGCCGUGCGUUCCAUCCAACUCAACAUUGAUUACAAUGGCGCAAAGAACGUUGUUGCGCAGCACAGCAAUGCCAUUACACACAUGGCUACCCAUGGAGAUGAGUACCAUAUUAUUGAUCUCGACCCCUAUGGGACGGUUGCUCCCUUUGUCGACAGUGCUCUUAAUGCAGUCAAGAAUGGCGGGCUGCUCCUUAUUACAUGCACAGAUUUGGGAGUUUUAGCUGGGAAUGGGUAUCCGGAGAAAUGCUAUUCUCUCUAUGGAGGAGUCAAUGUAUGGGGGGAUGCCACCCAUGAGAGUGCCCUCCGUUUGGUGUUGGGCUUGGUGGCCCGCAGUGGGGGGAAAUACGGGAUUGCCAUUGAACCUCUCUUGUCUUUGAGUAUAGACUUCUACGUGAGAGUGUUUGUUAGGGUAUGGAGGAAACCCGUUAAGGUGAAGGAGCUCAUGUCUGCCAACACCCUCGUUGCCAAGUGUAGUGGAUGUCAUUCGAGUGUGAUGCAGCGUAUGGGCAAGAUGGAGUCUCUCGACAAUGGUGGGAAGAGCAGAACAAAGUACGGGCUUGCGAAGGUUGAGCAAGAAUUCACUGCCCAAUGUGUCCACUGUGGGUUCAGCAACCACAUAUGUGGGCCAAUGUGGGGAGGAAAGCUGCACAACAAAGAGUUUGUGGAGGAGAUGCUCCAAGAGUUGGAGCAAACCAGUGGCGGCAAAGAAGGAGAUGUUGAGUAUGGGACCAUUGAACGGAUGCGUGGUAUGCUUACUAUGGCCCACCAAGAAAUUGAGGCGCCUCUGUACUUCAACGUCAGCACACUCUCGAGUGUGUUGAAGAUUCCUGUUCCAACGAUGGAGGAGGUUGUGUCGGCCUUGGGGAAUGGUGGCUACGAUGUGUCAUUAACACAUGCUGCACCUAGUUGUAUCAAGACGAAUGCUCCCUGGCGGUUUAUUUGGCAGAUUGGCCGGGCGCUUGCGCAGCGUAGCGGUCUAGACAGCAGCCGUCUCUCUACAGGGACUGCUGGGUACCGUAUUCUAAAUGGAGCUGAAGAUGUUAGGGACGUUAAAGACGAUAAAGAUAUUCAAGAAGUUCAAGACAUUGAUUUCACAGAGAAUGCCGUCACCAAGAGAGUGAGAAAGCUGCGUAGUAUGAAAAUCAGGAGACACCAGGUGAAUCCAACCAAGAAUUGGGGGCCAAAGGCAAGACCGAGCUGA